CCGCGCAGGCGCGCGGCCUUCUUUCCUCAGGUGCCGCCAAGGUGCUCGGUUCUUCCGAGGAAGCUAAGGCCGCGUUUGGGGUGAGGCCCUCACUUCAUCCGGCGACUAGCACCGCGCCCGGCAGUCCGCACCAUGGCCUCCGUCUCCGAGCUCGCCUGCAUCUACUCGGCCCUCAUCCUGCACGACGACGAAGUGACCGUCACGGAGGACAAGAUCAAUGCCCUCAUUAAAGCAGCCGGUGUGAAUGUUGAGCCCUUUUGGCCCGGCUUGUUUGCAAAGGCCCUGGCCAAUGUCAACAUCGGGAGCCUCAUCUGCAACGUAGGGGCUGGUGGGCCCGCUCCCUCGGUGGGUGCUGCGCCCGCAGGAGGCCCUGCCCCCGCCGCCGCCGCUGCCCCAGCUGAGGAGAAGAAAGUGGAAGCCAGGAAAGAAGAGUCGGAGGAGUCCGAUGACGACAUGGGCUUUGGUCUUUUUGACUAACCCUCUUGUCACACACUCAAUAAAAAGUCUGUUGUUGGUCA